CAAAAACAAGCGGUUUCGCUACCAUAUGGUGGCAGAGUGUUGUUGGGACCAGUUCGAGUUUCCCAAGUGGGAGGUUCUAGCGUCUCACAACAAGCCGUUGCGAUGUCAGGAGUCGCUAGCGUCACUGUUUCAGCGGAGACGGGAAUUGCUCACCCGCUGGGACGCGUUUUCGCAGGGAUCCUUGUCCUUUCUCGGCUUGGCGCAGAAGCGCACGUCGCGCCAACAGCAGCGACAAGAUGCAGAGUAUCGAGACCGCAUGGUUGCACGCUACUGGCCGCACCUGACGUACUAUUCGCGUCAGUACUGGCUACAUUUCCUCACGAGCAAGUGGAACAUCCUCUUUCCGGUCGAAGGGGUCACUGACGGCGAAGGAUCAGGAGGUGCUUCUAGUGGCAAGGAGCAAAGAGGGGUGAACCACGACCCGUCCUCUGGGAAAAAUAAGCAGGGGUCCAAGGAAGACGUAACGAAAGAGGUCGUGAGCUUUGGCGAGCUCUUCUGCUUGCAGGGACUGACGACACAAGACAAGCAAGCACGCGGAGGCAACCUGGUUCGAAAACAUUUUCGGGAACUCAGCAAAAUGUACCACGGAGACAAGUGCGCCGCGGGUAUGCGUGAUGAAGCUACGGCCCAGGAAAAUAACUCCGGCGCCGGACAGUCUCAGCAGGAAAAUGGAGCUCCUUCGGGAACAACAGGAGGUUCUUCUUCUUCUUCAGGAACAAUCAUCUCGUCGUGGUCUUUUGGUGGGGGUACGGUUGCGUCUGUGCGGAAGCUGUACACGGAUGUGCAAUCUGCGGUGCUCGAAAGCCCAGCUCUCGUGGCCGCGCAGGCUGCGUACACGCAGACGGCGAGCAGCGUGGCUUCGGUGGCUGCGACGGUCGCCGUGCCUCUCGAUUACGUGAGCCGCAUUGAGGCAAAGCACAUCUUUGGUCCGACCAUAGCGGACUUCCUGCUCAGCACCGACGCCGACGAAGAGGACUACCCUUUUUCUGGAGAGGGUCUCUUCGGAGAGGGACUAUUUGCUUCCUACGGCGCACAGGACAGUAGCUUCUUUGGCUCUUUCUUUGGAUCCUCGAGCACCUCAUCCUCUACUGCGGCUCCAGGCGGCGGGUCUGAAACAGGUUCUAGUAGCACAAAAGACCAAGCAGACUCUAGCACGGAAGGAAAUGAUAACAAUGCCGAUUCCACUACUAGUUCUGGUUCCUCGACAUCAUCACAACAACAGGCUUCCCCUUUGACAGCUUGCAGGGAGCGAGCCGACAAACGCUUUUCGCUACUUGUGGCGGUAAAAGAGAAGCUGUUACUCUCUCAAUUGGCGGAAUCAACCCUCAGAAAAACCUCCACCAGUAAUUGCGACGGCGCUUUCCGACGAUGUUCCAAAGCAGAACUAGACUCGGGAGACCAUAUCGCAGAGUGGUUCCCUCGCUCAGAAGUAGCUGAGGUCUGCAAAACCGUACUAUCAUAAUCGGAAAAGAUAGACCUCUAUCCUUCUCCUAAUGAUAAUAAGGACAAAAGAGAGAGAGAGAUUCAAUUUCAUCUAGCUCACCGUACUUCUAGUACGCGUUAGAAGUGGGUUUGAAUAUUCAACAAACAAGCACACUAGGGGCAGCUCGUGUUCAGAUACUAAUGUAUUCACACGAAUCAACACAUCAUGCUGUUCUUACUACGGAAAAGCAGCUUCGGCACUCAUCGUUGACAUCCUAUGAUGUGAAAAUUGACAACCAAGAAACAACAAGUUCUAGAUUAUUCCCGUAACAACGCAAUCGAGUCGUGAUAAAUUCCUAUGAAUUGUCCACCAACAAGUAUAAUAAUAAUGAUAGGGCAGAAACGUAGUUUGGCUGCAGUUCCAAAAGUUCGGUCACUAUCAACCAAGUUGUGUCUCACAUAGUCCUAGAUAGAAUGGAAAAUGCACAACAUCAACGAAAAGGCCUAGAAUUUGUUACAUUCAUACGUGAGUGUUACCCGAGGGGAAGGCCCAUAAUCAUGAUACUGAAAGCAAAAAUAGCAUGUUGUUGUACCAAGGCUGACCAUGACGAACAAGGUCGCCCUCGUGUGACCCAACACAAUUUUUAUCAAAAUGGAUAAGCUUUUUUUUUCAUGUUCUUUUCUCCUCUUUUUCUGACCCUUUUCUACCCAUCCCCUGAAUGAUGUUCGACUCCAACAGUUUAAAGACUAAGAUCAUCACGAAAACCACAUUCGGAAUGGUGAAUGGAGGAGCAUGCGCGUACAUAGAAG